AUGGCUCGUAGUGAGUCCCCUGACGAUCGCAGGAGAAGGCGCUCUAGCAGAGACGACCGCGAGAGGAUCUCUCGCUCUGAUCGCCGAGGUAAGGGAGCCAAAAUUCGCCUUAUUCUCACAGCAGUUUUAGGCGAAGACUCGUCGCCCAGGAAACACCGUGACCGUUCCGAAGACAGGACUCGUAGAGAGAGGCGUCGUAGUCGAUCGGCUAGUCGCGAUCGACGCCAUUCCAGCCGUCGUCGUGAUGAACCUCAACGCCAUCGAAAUGACAGGGAGAUCAGUCCUAGGGAAGAACGGAGCGGAGAGCAUAAAUCAGAACGGAAGAGGGUAGAAGUAGAGGACAAGGUCCCCGAAGAAAAGCGAGAACGAGAUCGCCAUCGCGACAGCAGGGAAGACUUCGAUCGUCGCAGAGAUGAGAAAAGGGAGAGUCCAAGGCAGCCGCCUCCUCCUCCUCCUCCUCCACUGGAGCGUCGAGGACCCUUCACUCCGUUUGGCAAGGGCAGCGGCAAGGGAUCCUGGGGAAAGGGCAGGUACGGUGACGGUCCAUUCGGUAAAGGUAAAGGAAAGGGGUUCAGCGGUAAAGGCUGGUCUAGCGGGUCGCGAGGAUUUGUUUGGAAGCAUGACAAAUUCGAGGAGGAAAUCAAAGCAGAGGAGCAGAUCCAAGAGGAAGAAGAAGAGAAAGAGCCUGAAAAGAAAGAGACCCCACAGGAAAACUCGCCUGCCUCCACAGCUCGUAGUAAGCCGAUUAAAUUUGACCUUUACGCUGAAAAACUGGACGAUAAUGUGGUCCAGGCAGUGCUGGACAACGUCAGGGAGAGAAUUGAUAAACGUCGUGAUGCAAUGAAGCAGAAGAGGGAGGAGCGCGAGGCGGAGAUUCAGAAGAUGAUCGAUGCGGGGGAGGAUCCUUUCGCCAAGAGGCCCCGUGAGGGAAAGCCGUCGCCAGCUCGACGGGAGUUCGAGAGGGACGAACCGGAGGGAGGAAAUCGGCGCAAAGAACCGGAGUCCGUCCGCAGACAAGAAUCAAUGAGUCCAAAGAGAAACAGAGAAGAUGCUCGCCGUGGCUCUAGGGAGGAGGAGGAGCGCGAAAAUAGGAGGGAGAGAGAAAGUUCAGGGAUGAGGCAUCAGCAUAGAGGCCUGAAGAUGGAGCAACAGCAGGGGCACGGCAGUCUAGGAGUCAUAGGAGAGAUAAAGAUCGCAGACAAUCACCUCCCAGUACGAGCAGACGAGAUCACAGGUCCCGCAGCGGUGACCGUAGAAAGAGUGACAGACGAAGGAGGAGUUCCAGCAGGAAUUCGGUACACGGUGAAGCUGCAUAUUUUUGGUGGUCGAUCCGGUGCUGGUGACACGUGGACGGUGUAUCGUCGCUAUAGCGCUUUCAACGAGACCGAUCAUAAACUCUACAGAUUACUCGUCUCGGCCUCAGAGGCCGUACGGGAUGUGGUGCAUCUACCAGAACUACCACCGAAGACGUUGCUCGUUCCUCGCCUCGACGCUGAGUUCGUCGCCAAGCGCCGGGAGGGCCUUCAGAUCUACUUGGACAGCCUCUUGCCCUCUCUGGUGGCCAUGACGCCUAGCAUGCAGAAUGUGGUGUGUGAAUUUCUGGAAGUGCCCAUCACUGCUCGCCCGGGCCUUUGCAAUCCCUCUGUUCCGAUGUCAGGGCGGGUUCCACCCAGCGAAGUGAGUGCUCAAUCGUUCACGGAGCAGUUGCAUGGUCCUUACAGCGUCGACAACUCCUUGCAGCCAAUCAGUUCACUACCCGCACCCUCCGGCACUCGCAGCGAAAGCCGAAUCAAGAUGACGCCCGACGAAACAGCAAGGGCCAAGUUGGAAGCCUUCGUAGGGAAGGUACAGGCCAUUCGUGAUUUCGAAUGUUGGUUCAUGCAAAACAAACCUCAAUUUCGAGAGCUCUCCAUUCAGCUCCUUUUCGUGGGGUACGACCCUACCGGUCGGUCAUAUGUCUACAACGAGAAUCCUCACCCACGCAUCGGUGACAGCGAGCGGCCCGUUGGUCUCCUGCCAGAAAUUGGAAAUUUCUCGGAGGAUCCUCCGGUGUCCGCAUGCGCCGCCCUCGGGUUUCUGCGGAAACUGCUUUCCUUCGAGUACAACGCUGACGCCGGUAUAUACACUCAUGUUUUCAAAGCCUCCCCACUGUUCAUCAUUCAAGGCAUGCAUCUGGACAAGCAUAUUCGCUUGAACAGAGGUCAGUCUAGUCGUUUGGAUGCGUUUCAAAUCACAAGGACGAUUAGUCCUUCCAGAGACCCAUUGCUCGAUAUCUUUAAUGGUGACGAAUGGGCUGUUGCGGAGUAUGUAUUCGACAUGGCUCAAAAUUCUCGGCGGUGGGCCGGCUAUCUCUGGGAUGAUCGGAGGCCCGCCUGGCGUGUUAGUGAGCACAAGGUUCAGCGACGGACUCAUGCACCGAGGAUUAUGAAGUCUUCUGUCCAUGGCCCGAGUAGAGGCGGCUUGGACGUCCGCAAGAUUGCACAGGACGCUCUUCUCAAGGUCUCGACUUGCGUAUCGACGAUUACUUACGAUGAUGAUAUAGACGAUGACCAGAGGAAUGGCAGUGCUGAUGGUGGGUGCACUGAUGAUGCCAUCCAGGAUUAUUCGCAGGUUCGCGUCGACUACCAUAGGUUGGCUACUACCCCUCCUGAGCAUAUGGCUAGGGCCAGGUUGCUUCAUUUGCCGUUCCAUCCAGAAUAUGUCGGCGCCCUCAUGUACGACCACAAGGCUUUCAUUGAGAACGUACUCGAACUUGACACCGAGGGGACGACGCCCAAACUGGUAGGCUGCAUACAGGGCGACUCGGAAAGCUCUAGGAGUGACCUCAAGGUUCGGGAGAAGCUCCUGGAGUUCUCUUACACUCACUACAAUCCUCUCCUGCACAACGUCAUGCUCUUGUCGCUACCAUCGAGACGGCACGAUAUGUUGCCAGGCGAAUCGGCAGCGAGUCCCCGGAGUAUGACCAUGGCUGCUUCCGUAGGGUCGCCAGCGGCGGGGUCUGGACGAGGCAACUCAGUGCAAGAAGGAACAGGGACAUGCCUCUUGACCGAUCUCUUGGACGUCGUGCUCAACGCGCCUAACUGCGCACCUGGUUUUGUGAAGAUGCAACUCUUGCGGGCUUUUAAGAAGCUGCCGGCUGAGGAUGGUGGCGGCUACCAAAUAGCGUACACUAGUGUCGACCUCGGUGACGAACUGGUCAGUCGAGGACCAGGAGUGCCGACUGGGGUGUGGCGUGGUCACGAUUGCUGCGAAGUGUCGGCGGCCGCGAUUUUCGGGAUGGACAGUAUCAACCUCGUCAGCGGAGAUCUCUUGGGGGAGUACAUUUUUUUCUGGCCAACACUCGAGGUCAUGGCUUGGCAGCCACCGAUGUUGACACUGGGUCGUAUGCGCACCGACUAA